GAAAGAGAGAGAGAAAAAAAAGCCAUGCAGUGUUAAAUGUUUGCGGCUCAAACGCUUCGACACUCGCGUACAAAGAGAGAAGAACUAGAGACGCACGCGCUCCUGCGUCUGUGCGCGAGAGGCGAAAACGCGUCAAUUUAAUAAAUAAAUAAAUAAAUCGACGCUCGCGAACCCUUUUCUUUGCUUUUGAAGAAUUAAAUAAAGAAAUCAAGCUGGCUCACGCUGUCUCGAACCCGACCACUUUGACAGCUGCUCUUCACCCCCUUUGGAGGACUGUCAACAGCAAAAGGAUGGCAUCAGAACUGGCAAUGAGCAGCUCCGACCUGCCCACCAGUCCCCUGGCCAUGGAAUAUGUUAAUGACUUCGAUCUGAUGAAGUUUGAAGUGAAAAAGGAGCCGGUGGAGCCCGAUCGCAGCAUCAGCCAGUGCAACCGCCUGAUCGCCGGGGGAUCCCUGUCUUCCACCCCGAUGAGCACGCCUUGCAGCUCGGUUCCCCCUUCCCCAAGCUUCUCGGCGCCCAGUCCGGGCUCCGGGAGCGAGCAGAAGGCGCACCUGGAGGAUUUCUACUGGAUGACCGGCUACCAACAGCAGCUCAAUCCGGAGGCUUUGGGCUUCAGCCCCGAGGACGCGGUGGAGGCGCUGAUCAACAGCAGUCACCAGCUCCAGAGCUUCGACGGCUAUGCUAGAGGGCAGCAGUUUAGCAGCGCAGCCGGGGCGGGAGGCGCCAUGGCCGGCGAGGAGAUGGGAUCCGCCGCCGCGGUGGUCUCCGCGGUCAUCGCGGCCGCCGCAGCCCAGAACGGAACACCCCACCACCACCACCAUCACCACCACCACCCGGGCGGGCACCAUCCGACGCCUGGGAUGCAGUCCAACGGCAACUCCGGCAACCACCAGCACAUGCACCUGGACGACCGCUUCUCGGACGAGCAGCUGGUGACCAUGUCCGUGCGCGAGCUCAACCGACAUCUCCGGGGGGUCAGCAAAGAGGAGGUGAUCCGGCUCAAACAGAAGAGGAGAACCCUCAAAAACAGAGGCUAUGCCCAGUCGUGUCGCUACAAGCGGGUGCAGCAGAGGCACGUCCUGGAGGGCGAGAAGACCCAGCUGCUGCAGCAGGUGGACCACCUCAAGCAGGAGAUCUCCAGACUGGCGCGCGAGAGGGACGUUUACAAGGAGAAGUACGAGAAGCUCAUCAGCAGCGGCUUCAGAGAAAACGGCUCGAGCAGCGACAACAACCCGUCGUCCCCGGAGUUUUUCAUGACAUCACGAAAGUUUCUACACCUGUGAUACGACCUCUGACCCCUGCCCUUUGCCCCUGCAGUCUGAGACAGUGUAACACUGGAAUGCUUCUGGCUUAGGGUGACCCAUGGCUCCAAGACUGCCACAAAGCACAACCUCUCCAAACUCUACCCCUGAUGAUGAUCACGAUGAGGAAGAUAGAGAGUUAAGGAUUAAGGGAAAUCAGAAACCCUUAAUCAUCCUGAGUGCCAUUCCUCAGCCUUACCCACAAUCCCCUUCUACUGAAUCCUCCCUGAUUUUAAAGUCAGACAUUUCGCCAACAAUGGAAAAAACUAAUUUGGAAAGUCUUGAGACAUCCCUGCAUGUUUGAUGAUGCAGUCCGGACAAUAAAAGGAAUUCAAAAUGGAACUUCCACUAGAUACUUCCAGACCACAUGGACUCAAACUCUUUGUCUCUCUGCAACUGAUGGCCCUCCGGUUCUCGUACCAGAUGCUGUUUUAUUGGACUACACAUUAUCCCAGCAUUUUAAAAAAAGGUGGUUUGGAGGCUUUAGCCAUAUGGGGUAAAGAAAGACAACAACAUUCAAAUUCUUCCCAAACAGCAUCUUGUGUAUAUUGUGUACAGGAUAUGAAUACAGGCUUAUUCUUAUCAAUGUGAAGACACCAUGUUUGUAAAUAGUUCACAAAUUGUAUAUUUCCUGCAUUGUCUUUAUAGGUUACGCCAUUACAACAUUUAUUCAACAUUUUUAUCUGUACAGACGUAAAGGCUGACAUAGAUCUCCAAACAGAUGAGUAUUUGUAUUCCGUAAACAUCCAUAUAGACCCCCUCUAAAGACAACUCAAAUGUUAUUGCUUGUUAAGAAGACAUUUACAGAGUGAUUUAAACUUAGUUAAACCCUAAUGCAGGAUUGAGUGACUACGCCUUUGAGAACAAGAGAAACACAAUUGAAUUGAAUCUCUCGCUGUCUCUCUGCAUCUCUUUAUCUGCUGUAGAAGUCCCAGCCCGUGUGGUUCUAGUUCCCGAUUCCCAGAUAACUUCCAAACUUGAUUGCCAACGUCCUUGUACAGUUUAGAAUUGCUGCAUCUCAUCUUUUUUGCCCCUUCAAAUCAAUGAUUAUCUUAUGCCUGCAUCCUCUAUGUAGCUGUGACGUCCAUGUAGGUGACCCUACGGGGAUCACGGGGCCCGGAGGGGUCAGAGCACCUGAGGGGGGGUGGAUCUCUCCUGGAUGAGCCUCUCGCUGAGUUCCCACAGGCUGGCGGCUGCCGUUGGGUCCUGGGCCUGCGGAGAGGGCAAGCAACGGAAGCAGUUGUUGAAGUACAUCCCUCCGAUACCCUCCAGCUCUGGAACCACGGCACAGUAGAUUGUAGUGGCCGCUCCCUGUUGCUGUGGAAACAAAAAUUUAAAUAUCAGAAUAAACUGAAACAAUGUGAGCAAAAAUAAAUACUGUUGUUCUUGUAUGGAGCCUGAAGAACUGGGUGACCCUCUUUAGAGGGUCAGGGCAAUACCAAAGACACCUCUAACCAUCCGAGACUUGCAUUUUCUCCCCUAAAACUGAUCAUGAGAUGGGGGAAGUGCUUCACAGCCUUUCAAAAGACACCAUGGGACAGACUGUGAACCUGUUCAAAUGGAGUUCCUGUUGUACAUCGGACAUAUGGCUGUCAACAAUCUGCAUGCUUUCAUAUAGGUACCUGCCACAUACUAGUCUAGGAACCACCGGAAGUCUUCAAUUCUGGCAAGUUCUAUAAAAGCUUUUAAAGUGGAGUUAAACCUCAUGAUGUCUGAAUGCUGUAUCCUCUCUAGGGUUCAAAGGUUAGCUGAAAACCAACCAACUAUAUUAGCAAUGACAUGUUAUCUGCUAUAUAAGUAGGAAAAACAGGAUAAUAUAUUACAGACACUGGAACUGAGAAGCACUCAAUUGUCAGGUUUAUUGUACAUCUCUUGUACGCCUGCCAAGAAUCACAGACAAUGAUCAACACACACAAAAACA